AUGAUGUACGACGCUCUCAUCAUUGGUGGCGGUCCAGCUGGACUGGCAGCGGCAAUGUCCCUCGGGAGAGCCUGUUGUAAGACUGCCCUUUUCGAUUCUCAAGUGUACCGUAAUGGAGGGGUUACUAUGAUGCACAACGUUCUGCGGCAUGACGGGGAAAAGCCGGAAUUUUAUCGCGCAACUGCGGUUGAGGAGAUCAUGGACAAAUACGAUACCGUCUCCUUCAUCGACACGCAUAUAACCACAGCUCGACAUGUUGAAGAGUAUCCGAAGCGGCCCUUCUUCGAGCUCAAGGAUGAGAGAGGUAACACCUGGCUGGGACGCAAGUUGGUUUUAGCGACGGGGACGGAAGAUGUCCUUCCACCGGUAAAAGGCUAUAAGGAACUCUGGGGCCGUGGAAUUGUCCAUUGCCUAUUUUGCGACGGAUUCGAAAAACGCGGUGGCCAUGUGGGCGUAUUCCGCUUCGAAACAGCGACUGAACUGAUCCCUCUUCUCACUGCGCUUCCCCUUGCCGGCAACCAACAACUCACAAUCUUUACAGACGGAGACAUCAUUGACGCCAAUAAGGAAAUACAACAUGCCCUAGACAUAGCAGCAGCUCGAGGUGCCAAAUUUGAUAAGCGGGAAGUCACAUCCGUUUCCGAGAAUUCGCACACAGCUGGCAUUCGGAUGCACUUCAGCGAAGGGCCUGAUCAGGAUCUCCGGAUGCUCAUACACAGUCCCCCUAAUGUUAAUCGUGGCGCGGAUAUUAUAGCGAGCCUCGGUCUUGAAACUCAACCAGGGCCUGGCGGCCAUGUUAUCACAAAGACUGCCAUGCGCGAGACUAGCCUUCGUGGAUGUUUCGCGGCUGGCGACACCUCAACCUCCGCUAAAAUAGUCUCGGUUGCGUUAGCCACCGGAUCACUUGCCGGUAUAGGAGCCGCGAAACAGCUUGCUUAUGAUAAAGGUCUGGAAUCAUUACAGGUAUCAGUUGAAGGAGCAAAAAAGUCGCGUGGAGUCUUAUAG